AUGGCCGCCUCGUCGCACACGGACGACAACUGCAUCUUCUGCAAGAUCAUCAAGGGCGACAUCCCCUCGUUCAAGCUCAUCGAGACCGACGCAGUCUACUCGUUCCUCGACAUUGGCCCCAUCGCGCCCGGCCACGCCCUCGUCAUUCCCAAGUACCACGCCGCCAAGCUGCACGACCUCCCCGACGAGCACCUCGGCGAGAUCCUCGCCACCCUCAAGAAGAUUGCGGUCGCCCAGGGCGUCGAGAACUACAACAUCCUCCAGAACAACGGCCGCAUCGCGCACCAAGUCGUCGACCACGUCCACUUCCACAUGAUCCCCAAGCCCUCGGACUCGGACGAGGCCGGCCUCGUCAUCGGCUGGCCGACCAAGAAGGCCGAUAUGGACGACCUCAAGAAGCUCGCCGAGGACAUCAAGGGCAAGCUCUGA